GCCGCGGGGGUUGCUGGGAUUUGUAGUUUUCCAAAGUACCAAACAGUCUUCUUUUUCUUUUCUUCCUCUGGACUUUCACCUCUGCGGAACCCAGCGAGGCUUUUCCGGUACAAAACAGCGAAAUUGUAAACUCCAGGAGGCCAAGGGCCACCUUUGCCUGGUUCAACAUACUGCCUGCCAUGGUUACAAACGUUAAUUAUAGAAUGAGAGAGCUGUUUACGGCGCCAAAGCUUGAACUGGCCGAAAGAUUAAGCAGGGAGAAAGCACCCUCAACUCUCCCUUUCCUUUCAGAAACCAUUGCGCACAAGCGCAGGAACUGAAAAUAUCCCAGCUCCUUUAAGACAGCCCAGCUGCCUAAAGGGAUUUGGGUCACCUAAAUGGAUGCCCAACCGCUGGCGUUUUGCUUGCAUAGGACACCAUGAAGCAGCUGCCAGUCUUGGAGCCUGGAGACAAGCCCAGGAAGGCAACAUGGUACACCUUGACCCCGACUGGAGACAGCCCCUGUGCUCGGGUUGGCCACAGCUGCUCAUAUUUACCCCCUGUUGGUGACUCCAAGAGAGGGAAGGUCUUCAUUGUUGGGGGAGCAAAUCCAAACAGGAGCUUCUCAGAUGUGCACACGAUGGAUCUGGGAACACACCAGUGGGAUUUAACCACCUCAGAGGGCCUCUUGCCCCGGUACGAACACGCCAGCUUCGUUCCCUCCUGCGCACCUCACAGCAUCUGGGUGUUUGGAGGUGCCGACCAGUCAGGAAAUCGAAAUUGCCUACAAGUUCUGAAUCCUGAAACCAGGACUUGGACCAUGCCAGAGGUGACCAGCCCACCCCCAUCACCAAGAACAUUCCAUACAUCAUCAUCAGUGAUUGGAAACCAGCUGUAUGUCUUUGGGGGCGGAGAGAGAGGUGCCCAGCCUGUGCAGGAUGUGAAGCUGCACGUGUUUGAUGCAAACACCCUGACCUGGUCACAACCAGAGACACUUGGAGAACCUCCAUCCCCCCGGCAUGGUCAUGUGAUGGUGGCAGCGGGGACAAAGCUCUUCAUCCAUGGAGGCUUGGCAGGGGACAAGUUCUAUGAUGAUCUCCAUUGCAUUGAUAUCAAUGACAUGAAAUGGCAGAAGCUAAGUCCCACAGGGGCAGCUCCCACAGGCUGUGCUGCCCACUCAGCUGUGACCGUGGGGAAACACGUGUAUAUCUUUGGAGGGAUGACCCCCACUGGAGCACUCGACACAAUGUACCAAUAUCAUAUAGAAAAGCAGCAUUGGACCUUGCUUAAAUUUGAUAGUUUUCUACCCCCUGGACGAUUGGACCAUGCCAUGUGCAUCAUUCCAUGGGCAGAGAGGUGUACUUCCGAGAAAAAUUCAAAUUCUGCUGUGCUAAACUGUGAUGCUGAGAAGGGGAAUUCCACUGAGAAAGGAGUAACCCAAGACGAUGACUCACAAGAAAGGCAGUCGGACACAUUGCUCUGUUUUGUGUUUGGUGGGAUGAAUACAGAAGGGGAAAUCUAUAAUGAUUGUAUUGUGACUGUAGUUGACUAAUAAAACGCACAUUUUUAUUACU